CCUCCUCCUCUCUCACAGCUCCACCACGACACGUCCGCUCAGACAUCCACGCACAUGGUCCACGCUUUCUUCAGUGAGAACAGAUUUGAUGCAGAAAGAAAAGUGCGAUGAGACUCGGCUGAUACUCCAGGCUUGAGGUGAUCAGACCCUUGUGUGGUCCAACAUCACAUUCCUUAUUUUUGUAGUACCCUUGCCUCUUGAGUUUAGUCUUCCCUUCUGAAUUGAGUUCAUCAUGGGGGAUUCCAGCUCCACCAGCUCCAUGCGUCUGAAGCAAGAGAUCUCGUUACUGCAUGGCGUUUGCCUCAUCGUGGGGAACAUGAUUGGCUCGGGCAUCUUCAUUUCCCCUGUUGGUGUUCUUGAGAAAACAGGAUCUUACGGUCUAUCACUGGUGAUUUGGGUUAUUGGAGGAAUCUUCUCUGUUUUUGGUGCCCUGUGCUACGCCGAGCUGGGCACCACCAUUCGCAAGUCAGGAGCCAGUUAUGCCUACAUCCUGGAGACCUUUGGGGGCUUCCUGGCCUUCAUCCGUCUGUGGACCUCGCUGAUGAUCGUGGAACCGGCCUGCCAGGCGGUCAUUGCUCUUACUUUUGCUAAUUACUUAGUGAAACCAUUCUUCCCCACCUGCUCGGCUCCAAAUGAUGCAGUACGGCUCAUUGCAGCUCUCAUUAUAGGUCUUCUAACCAUUGUGAACUCCAUGAAGGUGAAGUGGGGGGCCAUUCUUCAGGUCAUCUCUACUGUGGCUAAAGUUCUGGCUCUCAUAGUCAUUAUCAUCGCUGGAAUGGUUGUGCUGGCCCAAGGAAAAACAAAUAACUUUAGGGAUUCCUUUGAGAACUCUAAACUGGAUCCAGGAAACAUGGCUCUGGCUCUGUACGCCGCUCUGUACUCUUACUCUGGCUGGGACACCCUGAACUUCAUCACAGAGGAGAUUAAAAACCCAGAGAGAAACCUGCCAUUGUCAAUAGCGAUCUCCAUGCCCAUUGUCACAGUAAUCUACAUCCUGACUAAUAUCGCCUAUUAUGCAGUGCUGGACAUGAAUACAUUGCUACAGAGUGAAGCUGUGGCUGUGACGUUUGCUGACUAUGUGCUGGGAUAUGCUAGCUGGCUCAUCCCUAUAUCUGUGGCCAUCUCCUGUUAUGGAGGCUUAAACUCCUCUAUCAUUGCUGCCUCCAGGUUAUUCUUUGUUGGCUCACGUGAGGGUCAUUUACCCAAUGUCCUCUGCAUGAUUCAUGUCAAGCGCUACACGCCAAUUCCAGCCCUGCUGUUUAAUGGUGGCAUGUCACUCAUAUUCCUCUGUGUGAAAGACGUGUUCCAGCUUAUUAAUUACUUCAGUUUUAAUUACUGGCUGUUCAUCGGCCUUUCCAUAGGCAGUCAGAUCUACCUGCGUAUUAAAGCACCUGACCUGCCCCGACCUGUUAAGCUGAGUCUGUUCUUCCCUAUAGUGUACUGUCUGUGCAGCGUGUUUCUGGUGGUUGUACCGCUCUACAGUGACACCGUAAACUCUCUAGUGGGAAUCACUGUUGCGCUCUCCGGAGCACCUGUGUAUUACAUAUGUGUGCACCUCCCGCCCAGCUCCAGACCCGCCUUUCUGGGACACAUGCUCGAUACACUUUCAUUGCAAACACAGAAGCUGUGUUAUUGCUGCGUGGCAGAUCCCGGUUUGGACCUGGACAAUCCGCCUGAGGAUCACAAAAAAGAAUAAACACCGGCUGUAAAGGAAACUAAACCAAUAAAGCUGUAUUACCCAGACUUCUUUGAGAAUAAGCCAAAAUUCAAGCCAGAAUCGCAUGUCUGCACCCUCCAGUCUGAGCGUGCAUGGAAUGGAGCAAUGGAUGUAGAUGGAGAUUAAAUUGAAACAUUUAUCUGGGUAAACAACUGAACUGAACAGAGACAAAUACACACACUGUGACUGUUUAAACGCUGUGUGCAGUACGAGUUAAGUUCAAUGCA